AUGGAAUCCAUGGCUCGACGAUUGCCACAAAGACCUCCGAGACAAACAGAGGUGAAGUACAGAGCACCAGUGGUGAAUCAGGAACAUCCACUGCCGCCACAAAGCAAAACACGACUACAAUCCACAUCAAAAGCACCCACCGAACUCACAUUCACAUACACAACAUCCACUCCAAUAAAGACAGUGUCCACCGAAACCGCUAACGUGAGUACACAAAGCACCAAGUACAUUCACACCCUAAGUGCCACCCCAACUAUCAAUAUCAAUGAAACGUCCUCCGCAAACCUCACCGCCACAGAAACACACACGAAACGUCAAUCCGAAUCACAACCACAGACACAACCACAUUCCGAAGCACAAUCACAAUCCGAAUCGCUUUCCGAAACAUUUACAACAUCUGAAUUCUCACACGCACCAUGCACAGCAAAUGAAACACAAACAUACGAGACCACAAAAACCACAACAUACACUCACAUUCCAAAUACAACUCAAGCACAAACGCAAACAAUCAACAUUAGCACUAGCACCGCCGCUACAUCACACGCUGAAUCACAGUCUACUACUGCUUACGAAAACACAACAUCCAAACUAUCUGAAACCCAAUCUACCAGCACAUACCAAUCCACAUCAAACACACCCACUGCAUCCACUUUCACUGCAUCCUCUCCAAACACGGCCACACUCACUGAAACCCCCUACACAAACAUAUCCAACGCCACCUACACUUAUAUUCACAGCGCCACCCCAACAAGCAUUCCCUCUGCAACUAACACCGCAACAGAAACACACACGCAAUAUCAAUCCGAAUCACAAUCACAUUCCGAAACAAAAUCACAAACCGAAUCAUUCUCCGAAACAAUUACGAUAUACGAAAAAUCACACGCACCAUACACACCAUAUCAAACACAAACACACGAGGCAACACAAACCACACUACACACACACAUUCCAACGCAAUCAUACGCUCAUACGCACACAACCAACACCGCCGCAUCACUACACACUGAAUCACAAUCGACUUCCAUCUACACAAACACCAGAUCAACACCCCAACAAUCGGAAGCACAAUCGACCCUCACAUCACAGUCCACAUCAAAAGCACCCACCGAACUCACAUUCACAUACACAACAUCCACUCCAAUAAAGACAGUGUCCACCGAAACCGCUAACGUGAGUACACAAAGCACCAAGUACAUUCACACCCUAAGUGCCACCCCAACUAUCAAUAUCAAUGAAACGUCCUCCGCAAACCUCACCGCCACAGAAACACACACGAAACGUCAAUCCGAAUCACAACCACAGACACAACCACAUUCCGAAGCACAAUCACAAUCCGAAUCGCUUUCCGAAACAUUUACAACAUCUGAAUUCUCACACGCACCAUGCACAGCAAAUGAAACACAAACAUACGAGACCACAAAAACUACAACAUACACUCACAUUCCAAAUACAACUCAAGCACAAACGCAAACAACCAACAUUAGCACUAGCACCGCCGCUACAUCACACGCUGAAUCACAGUCUACUACUGCUUACGAAAACACAACAUCCAAACUAUCUGAAACCCAAUCUACCAGCACAUACCAAUCCACAUCAAACACACCCACUGCAUCCACUUUCACUGCAUCCUCUCCAAACACGGCCACACUCACUGAAACCCCCUACACAAACAUAUCCAACGCCACCUACACUUAUAUUCACAGCGCCACCCCAACAAGCAUUCCCUCUGCAACUAACACCGCAACAGAAACACACACGCAAUAUCAAUCCGAAUCACAACCACAACAUCCCCACUCCGAAACAAAAUCACAAACCGAAUCACCAUCCGAAACAAUUACAAUAUACGAAAAAUCACACGCACCAUACACACCAUAUCAAACACAAACACACGAGGCAACACAAACCACACUACACACACACAUUCCAACGCAAUCAUACGCUCAUACGCACACAACCAACACCGCCGCAUCACUACACACUGAAUCACAAUCGACUUCCAUCUACACAAACACCAGAUCAACACCCCAACAAUCGGAAGCACAAUCGACCCUCACAUCGCAGUCCACAUCAAAAGCACCCACCGAACUCACAUUCACAUACACAACAUCCACUCCAAUAAAGACAGUGUCCACCGAAACCGCUAACGUGAGUACACAAAGCACCAAGUACAUUCACACCCUAAGUGCCACCCCAACUAUCAAUAUCAAUGAAACGUCCUCCGCAAACCUCACCGCCACAGAAACACACACGAAACGUCAAUCCGAAUCACAACCACAUUCCGAAGCACAAUCACAAUCCGAAUCGCUUUCCGAAACAUUUACAACAUCUGAAUUCUCACACGCACCAUGCACAGCAAAUGAAACACAAACAUACGAGACCACAAAAACUACAACAUACACUCACAUUCCAAAUACAACUCAAGCACAAACGCAAACAACCAACAUUAGCACUAGCACCGCCGCUACAUCACACGCUGAAUCACAGUCUACUACUGCUUACGAAAACACAACAUCCAAACUAUCUGAAACCCAACCUACCAGCACAUACCAAUCCACAUCAAACACACCCACUGCAUCCACUUUCACUGCAUCCUCUCCAAACACGGCCACACUCACUGAAACCCCCUACACAAACAUAUCCAACGCCACCUACACUUAUAUUCACAGCGCCACCCCAACAAGCAUUCCCUCUGCAACUAACACCGCAACAGAAACACACACGCAAUAUCAAUCCGAAUCACAACCACAGACAAAACCACAUUCCGAAGCACAAUCCCAAUCCGAAUCACCAUCCGAAACAAUUACAAUAUACGAAACAUCACACGCACCAUACACACCAUAUCAAACACAAACACACGAGGCAACACAAACCACACUACACACACACAUUCCAACGCAAUCAUACGCUCAUACGCACACAACCAACACCGCCGCAUCACUACACACUGAAUCACAAUCGACUUCCAUCUACACAAACACCAGAUCAACACCCCAACAAUCGGAAGCACAAUCGACCCUCACAUCGCAGUCCACAUCAAAAGCACCCACCGAACUCACAUUCACAUACACAACAUCCACUCCAAUAAAGACAGUGUCCACCGAAACCGCUAACGUGAGUACACAAAGCACCAAGUACAUUCACACCCUAAGUGCCACCCCAACUAUCAAUAUCAAUGAAACGUCCUCCGCAAACCUCACCGCCACAGAAACACACACGAAACGUCAAUCCGAAUCACAACCACAGACACAACCACAUUCCGAAGCACAAUCACAAUCCGAAUCGCUUUCCGAAACAUUUACAACAUCUGAAUUCUCACACGCACCAUGCACAGCAAAUGAAACCCAAACAUACGAGACCACAAAAACUACAACAUACACUCACAUUCCAAAUACAACUCAAGCACAAACGCAAACAACCAACAUUAGCACUAGCACCGCCGCUACAUCACACGCUGAAUCACAGUCUACUACUGCUUACGAAAACACAACAUCCAAACUAUCUGAAACCCAACCUACCAGCACAUACCAAUCCACAUCAAACACACCCACUGCAUCCACUUUCACUGCAUCCUCUCCAAACACGGCCACACUCACUGAAACCCCCUACACAAACAUAUCCAGCGCCACCUACACUUAUAUUCACAGCGCCACCCCAACAAGCAUUCCCUCUGCAACUAACACCGCAACAGAAACACACACGCAAUAUCAAUCCGAAUCACAACCACAGACAAAACCACAUUCCGAAGCACAAUCCCAAUCCGAAUCACCAUCCGAAACAAUUACAAUAUACGAAACAUCACACGCACCAUACACACCAUAUCAAACACAAACACACGAGGCAACACAAACCACACUACACACACACAUUCCAACGCAAUCAUACGCUCAUACGCACACAACCAACACCGCCGCAUCACUACACACUGAAUCACAAUCGACUUCCAUCUACACAAACACCAGAUCAACACCCCAACAAUCGGAAGCACAAUCGACCCUCACAUCACAGUCCACAUCAAAAGCACCCACCGAACUCACAUUCACAUACACAACAUCCACUCCAAUAAAGACAGUGUCCACCGAAACCGCUAACGUGAGUACACAAAGCACCAAGUACAUUCACACCCUAAGUGCCACCCCAACUAUCAAUAUCAAUGAAACGUCCUCCGCAAACCUCACCGCCACAGAAACACACACGAAACGUCAAUCCGAAUCACAACCACAGACACAACCACAUUCCGAAGCACAAUCACAAUCCGAAUCGCUUUCCGAAACAUUUACAACAUCUGAAUUCUCACACGCACCAUGCACAGCAAAUGAAACACAAACAUACGAGACCACAAAAACUACAACAUACACUCACAUUCCAAAUACAACUCAAGCACAAACGCAAACAACCAACAUUAGCACUAGCACCGCCGCUACAUCACACGCUGAAUCACAGUCUACUACUGCUUACGAAAACACAACAUCCAAACUAUCUGAAACCCAAUCUACCAGCACAUACCAAUCCACAUCAAACACACCCACUGCAUCCACCUUCACUGCAUCCUCUCCAAACACGGCCACACUCACUGAAACCCCCUACACAAACAUAUCCAACGCCACCUACACUUAUAUUCACAGCGCCACCCCAACAAGCAUUCCCUCUGCAACUAACACCGCAACAGAAACACACACGCAAUAUCAAUCCGAAUCACAACCACAGACAAAACCACAUUCCGAAGCACAAUCCCAAUCCGAAUCACCAUCCGAAACAAUUACAAUAUACGAAACAUCACACGCACCAUACACACCAUAUCAAACACAAACACACGAGGCAACACAAACCACACUACACACACACAUUCCAACGCAAUCAUACGCUCAUACGCACACAACCAACACCGCCGCAUCACUACACACUGAAUCACAAUCGACUUCCAUCUACACAAACACCAGAUCAACACCCCAACAAUCGGAAGCACAAUCGACCCUCACAUCACAGUCCACAUCAAAAGCACCCACCGAACUCACAUUCACAUACACAACAUCCACUCCAAUAAAGACAGUGUCCACCGAAACCGCUAACGUGAGUACACAAAGCACCAAGUACAUUCACACCCUAAGUGCCACCCCAACUAUCAAUAUCAAUGAAACGUCCUCCGCAAACCUCACCGCCACAGAAACACACACGAAACGUCAAUCCGAAUCACAACCACAGACACAACCACAUUCCGAAGCACAAUCACAAUCCGAAUCGCUUUCCGAAACAUUUACAACAUCUGAAUUCUCACACGCACCAUGCACAGCAAAUGAAACACAAACAUACGAGACCACAAAAACUACAACAUACACUCACAUUCCAAAUACAACUCAAGCACAAACGCAAACAACCAACAUUAGCACUAGCACCGCCGCUACAUCACACGCUGAAUCACAGUCUACUACUGCUUACGAAAACACAACAUCCAAACUAUCUGAAACCCAACCUACCAGCACAUACCAAUCCACAUCAAACACACCCACUGCAUCCACCUUCACUGCAUCCUCUCCAAACACGGCCACACUCACUGAAACCCCCUACACAAACAUAUCCAACGCCACCUACACUUAUAUUCACAGCGCCACCCCAACAAGCAUUCUCUCUGCAACUAACACCGCAACAGAAACACACACGCAAUAUCAAUCCGAAUCACAACCACAGACAAAACCACAUUCCGAAGCACAAUCCCAAUCCGAAUCACCAUCCGAAACAAUUACAAUAUACGAAACAUCACACGCACCAUACACACCAUAUCAAACACAAACACACGAGGCAACACAAACCACACUACACACACACAUUCCAACGCAAUCAUACGCUCAUACGCACACAACCAACACCGCCGCAUCACUACACACUGAAUCACAAUCGACUUCCAUCUACACAAACACCAGAUCAACACCCCAACAAUCGGAAGCACAAUCGACCCUCACAUCGCAGUCCACAUCAAAAGCACCCACCGAACUCACAUUCACAUACACAACAUCCACUCCAAUAAAGACAGUGUCCACCGAAACCGCUAACGUGAGUACACAAAGCACCAAGUACAUUCACACCCUAAGUGCCACCCCAACUAUCAAUAUCAAUGAAACGUCCUCCGCAAACCUCACCGCCACAGAAACACACACGAAACGUCAAUCCGAAUCACAACCACAGACACAACCACAUUCCGAAGCACAAUCACAAUCCGAAUCGCUUUCCGAAACAUUUACAACAUCUGAAUUCUCACACGCACCAUGCACAGCAAAUGAAACACAAACAUACGAGACCACAAAAACUACAACAUACACUCACAUUCCAAAUACAACUCAAGCACAAACGCAAACAACCAACAUUAGCACUAGCACCGCCGCUACAUCACACGCUGAAUCACAGUCUACUACUGCUUACGAAAACACAACAUCCAAACUAUCUGAAACCCAAUCUACCAGCACAUACCAAUCCACAUCAAACACACCCACUGCAUCCACUUUCACUGCAUCCUCUCCAAACACGGCCACACUCACUGAAACCCCCUACACAAACAUAUCCAACGCCACCUACACUUAUAUUCACAGCGCCACCCCAACAAGCAUUCCCUCUGCAACUAACACCGCAACAGAAACACACACGCAAUAUCAAUCCGAAUCACAACCACAGACAAAACCACAUUCCGAAGCACAAUCCCAAUCCGAAUCACCAUCCGAAACAAUUACAAUAUACGAAACAUCACACGCACCAUACACACCAUAUCAAACACAAACACACGAGGCAACACAAACCACACUACACACACACAUUCCAACGCAAUCAUACGCUCAUACGCACACAACCAACACCGCCGCAUCACUACACACUGAAUCACAAUCGACUUCCAUCUACACAAACACCAGAUCAACACCCCAAGAAUCUGAAGUCCAGGCUACCUUCACAUACCAACCUACAUCAAACGCACCCACCGAGUCCCUCCCCACCUCCACCACAUCCAGCCCGAACACGGUAAAAAUCAGUGAAACAACUAAUAUUAAUUUGCUCAUUCCCACGUACGCUCGUAACCACAGCGCAAUUCCCACAAGCAGUCCCUACAGAACUAUCACGGCGAAUGGCACAGCCACAGUACACACGCAAUCUCAAGCAGAAUCACACUCACAACCACAAGCCCAUUCCGAAUCACAAUCGCAGUCGCAAUCCGAAUUGCUUACCGAAACUGCUACAUUAUCCGAAAGAUCACAUACACCAUACACACAUUUGGAAAGUGAAAUAGAAACGAAUGUUGUUCGACACUCGGAAACACACCCACCGCUGACUCUACUCAUUCCGAACCGUACUCUCACUUACCCUGUGACCGGCGCAUCUUUGCAUGCUCACUCACGCAAUACGUUCCACAUUGUCUCUGAAACGGGACGCGCAACUUACGCUUCUACCGGACCCGCCAUUAACACGGAAACACAAAUGCAGUCGCAAACACCAACAUUGAUUCCAUCCGAGGUCAACACUCCAACUAUGACAGGCACAUCAAAACAAAUACGCACGCAAACGCAAUCUGAAUUCGAAACCGCAGGCGCAUCUACCUCCGCUACAACAACGGAAACAGGAGCGAAGACACUAGCAGAACUUGGAACGGGAUCUGAAUCUGAAACUCAGUCCGUACCUCAAGUAAAAUCCGAGUCGGAAAGGCAAUCGGAAGCAAAAACCGAAAUGGAAGCCACGACGCAAACAAUGACAGUGACGCAAGUUCCCACAACGACCAAAAUUCAAAAAGAGAACACUGAAAUCAACACAUCACACAGUGCACCGCAUACAUACAAACAAACAGUAUAUAACGAAGAAUUCGAAACCUCUACGCAAGCAACCGCAGCCACAUAUAUAACAAAUAUUACGACCCAGAAGUACGCUACAGAGACAGUAAAAGCCUCGGAAGCCCAGGCCGGUACGAAACAGGAAACUGCAACGACACAGUAUCAGGGUGCGCACAUAAGUGUUCAGGCAGACAAGACAACACGAACUGGACACGAAGCUGAGACAACAUCCAUCAAAGGAACACAAAGCCCAAAACAAGAAGCAACAAUUGUCAAGAUUACGGGCGGUAUUACCAUUCCACUAGCCCAUGUACAGUCAGAACCAGAAGCGAAAUCAGAGGGAAUGUCAGAAACAUACAUAACCACCAAAACUGUAAAUAUCGCCAACACAACGGGAACGCACACCAACACCGCGACCGGCCCCCACAGAACUUCCGAACCAGUAAUUAAAUUAAUAAAGCCGACAGGAAGAUUGACUGCCGCCGAUACAGAAACGCGUACCUUUUCAUUAAGUUUCAGUGCUACAGUUGUGCGGACACUUGCGCACAAUGACACCACAGCCACAAUUGAAAGCAGCUCAACCGGCCAAUCGCCCAGCAAUAAUGCUAAUGGCACGGUUGUAUCUGGAUUUUACGAAAUCGCAAGAAGCACUACGAAUGCGAAUGGCACACAUUAUCACACAGAAACCAAGCUAACUAGAACCGACAUUUUCGGAGGUUCUCGUAAGUCGUCCGCUUCAAAUGGUCCCGAGAGUGAGAGGUCUAUCACUUCGGUGUACACAAUACCAAUGACUACAACAACGUCAAACGGCACAACAAUUAUGGCAAUUGGAACUAUUACUGCAAACGAGAACACACAAGCAGCUGGUAUUGGAUCCGAAAGUAUGGCUGAAGAACAAGUAGAAGGAGUCACCGUAGAGGAAGUUCAGGUUCAACCACAAAGCCAGAGACCGAACCUGAACGAAUUCCAAACAACAGAACACAUUGGAGUAGGACACAAAAUCCAAACGGACACGCGUAGGCCCCCACCCACAUACAAACACACUGCGGUUGUCACCAGCAGUAUGCCCCUUACGCAACAGCAACCAGAAGCGCAAACACAAUUGCAGCCACAAACACUUUGGAAGACAGAUAGUGGCGUGCAAGGCAAAGUUCAAACCGGCACUGAAACAGAGAUGGAAUUCCGAACAAUACUCUCCACUCGCAAGCCAACCGGGUUCAACCCUCGGACACAAGCACAGGGCAGAAAGGACUCAAACACGACAACCGCGGCUGAAAACCCAUGUCCAAUCGUCCCAAGUCACUGUGAGAAAGCGCAAAAUGCCAGUCAAUGCCCCCCCGCCAACAACCCAUGCUGUACACCGUGUUGUGCAGAGGAAUGCCGCAAGGUUGAGGUAUUACCAGUGGUGGUCAUCGUGAAAUCCUAA